AACCAGUGACGCAGUCACGUCCACAUCUCCCUGUCGACAUGGCGCAGGGUGAGGGGGAGCACGAAGUGCUGUUGGGAGAACAAACCCUGUAAAAAUAAAAAAAAUAAAGAGGCGAGAGACGUUCCUGAUUCACCGCACAUCAUCGUUUGAUUUGUAGACGCCAGUUCAACUUUUGGGUAAAUUUGGUAGACUAAAGAUGAUGUCUGAUGCCAGUGACAUGUUGGCAGCUGCCUUGGAGCAGAUGGAUGGCAUCAUUGCAGGCUCCAAGGCACUAGACUACUCCAAUGGCAUCUUUGACUGUCAGUCUCCGACCUCCCCGUUCAUGGGAGGCCUGCGGGCCCUGCACCUGAUUGAGGAUCUGAGGGGGGUCCUGGAGCUCAUGGACUCGGAGGAGAGAGAAGGACUACGCUGCCAAAUUCCCGACUCCACCGCAGACUGCCUGGUGGAGUGGCUGCAUGGCCACCUGUCAAAUGGACACAUUUCCGUGACUGGUGACAUUUACCAGGACAGACUUAAUCGUCUUGAAAGUGACAAGGAAUCCCUUGUUCUUCAGGUCAGUGUUUUGACGGACCAAGUGGAAGCUCAAGGAGAAAAGAUAAGAGACCUAGAUAUGUGCCUUGAGGAACACCGCGAAAAACUGAAUGCCACUGAGGAAAUGUUACAGCAGGAGCUCCUCCUCAGGUCAGCCCUGGAGACCCAAAAGCUGGAGCUGAUGGCUGAGGUUUCCAACUUGAAACUGAAGCUGACUGCCAUGGAAAAAGACAGGAUAGACUUUGAUGAACGAUUCAGGGAUAGUGAGGGUUUGAUUCUGGAGAUCAAUGAGCUGCGGUAUCGGGUUUCUGAAAUGGAGACUGAACGGUUACAGAAUGAGAAGAAACUGAAGUCCACUAAGUCGCUAAUGGCUAAGCUGUCUAGCCUGAAAAUCAAAAUGGGCCAGAUGCAGUAUGAAAAACAGAGGAAGGAACACAAAAUCCAGGCACUCAAGGAGGAGCUGAUUACCUUAAGAAGGCAGCUGGAUGGCAGAGAUGGAGAACUGAGGAGGCUACAGGAUGAGACAGGGUCCAGAUCACCCACGCCUGCAGGCUUAGAAAGCACCGAGAGAGUCUACCAUACAGAGGAAACUUUUAAAAAGAGGCUCAAAGAGAAACACAUGGAAGUGCAGAGAAUGAAGAAAGCAGUUGAAUCACUCAUGGCAGCCAAUGAAGAGAAGGAUCGCAAGAUUGAGGAGCUUCGGCAGUCUCUUAUGCGUUACAAGAAAGUGCAAGAUAUGGUCAUGUCAGUGCAAGGCAGAAAAGAUAAAGGGAAAGAAGGUGAAAGUGAUGAGAGCCACAGUGACAGCUCCCUCUCCAUGUCAACUGCUAUCUCAGUUUCCAUGGACACUGAGAAGUCCGUGCUGGGUUGUGCUGAGGAAGGGGCUGCGACGAGUCAGGACGAGCCAACUACGUUUGUCAGUACACUGCAGGUGCCCUCCCUCACGCCAUCUCCACAAGCCAAACAACAGACUGAUGAAGAAUUGGAGCAAACGCCGUCACAGAGUGAUGCAGGGCAUCAGGAGCCAAGCCAAUCAGAGGAGCCUCCAAUAGAUACCAAACUAGAAACUGCAGAGGUGCCCAAAUCUGGAAGCCAGAGCAACCUGGCUAGCAGCCCUAGUGAUAAGAGACCUUUGGCAGUAGGACCAGCAGAGAGCCGAGCUUUUGAUGAGUUCAACAAAAUUACGACCUUGCCGCCAAAGUCCCCUACUGUUUCCCGUACUUCUGAGGAUGACACUUUUGGUACCAAGAAGGCCAGGUCCUCCUUUGGACGAGGCUUCUUUAAGAUCAAAGGGGGGAAGAGAACAGCCAGCGCCCCAAAUCUAGCUGAGACUGAGCGUGAAGGUACAGACCAUCUAGACCUUGCAGGAAUGCCACAAAGAUCAGCAAACAGUGACAGCACACGCACUCUCCCCACCUGCCCGGAUGGCAAGAAGAAGUCUAAGGGAAUCAAAGCGUUCAUAGGAAAGCUCAGAAGAAGUCAGUCAACCACAUUCAACUUGGAUGACAACCUUUCAGAGAGCGAGUUCAAACGGGGAGGAAUCCGAGCCACAGCUGGGCCCAGGCUGGGCUGGUCACGUGACCUUCAUAACACCAACAGUGAGCUGGAUGCUCCAUUUGCGCGCUGGUCCCGGGAGCAGGUGUGUGACUGGAUGCAGGAGCAGGGACUAGGGCUGUAUGUGAACCUGGCCAGGCAGUGGAUCUCCUCAGGACACACUCUCCUGCAGGCCUCUCAGCAAGACUUAGAAAAGGAGCUGGGAAUCAAGCACCCUCUCCACAGGAAGAAACUGCAGCUGGCCCUGCAAGCAUUGGGCUCUGAGGAGGAUGACAACAAAGGCAAACUGGACUACCAUUGGGUGACAAGAUGGCUUGAUGACAUUGGCCUUCCUCAGUACAAAACCCAGUUUGAUGAGGGGAGAGUAGAUGGGAGAAUGCUUCAUUACAUGACUGUGGAUGAUCUAUUGUCUUUAAAAGUGGGCAGUGUGCUGCAUCACCUCAGCAUUAAAAGAGCCAUCCAGGUGCUGCGCCUCAACAACUAUGAGCCCAACUGCCUGCGCCGCAGACCCUCUGACGAGAACAACAUCAGUCCAGCAGAGGUCUCUCAGUGGACCAACCACCGUGUGAUGGAGUGGCUACGUUCUGUAGAUCUGGCAGAAUACGCACCCAAUCUGAGGGGCAGCGGAGUCCAUGGAGGACUGAUGGUGUUGGAGCCUCGCUUUAAUGUGGAGACCAUGGCUCUGCUGCUGAACAUUCCUCCCAAUAAGACACUGCUUCGGAGGCACCUGGCCACUCACUUUAACCUUUUGAUAGGCUCAGAGGCGCAGCAGCUAAAGCAGGAGUGUCUGGAAAACCCUGACCAUACUGUGCUUACUGCAACCGCUAAAGUCAAGCCCCGGAAGCUGGCAUUUGGAAGCUUUGGGAGGAAGAAGAGGCAGGAGGAGAAUGAGGAGUACGUGUGCCCCAUGGAUGUGGAGAUGCCUAAAGGACGCAGCUUCCAGAAGGGCUACAGAGGCAUGGAGCUGCAGAUCUAUGAGGAUGACUUGGACCGACUAGAGCAGAUGGAGGACUCAGAAGGAACUGUGCGACAGAUUGGAGCUUUCUCAGAGGGCAUCAACAACUUGACGAGUAUGCUGAAAGACGAUGAGCUCUUUAAGGAGAUGUCGACGUCGUCACCCAACCCCAGCGUAACUGAUGAUGACGCCAACGUUUAAGGGCGCUUCCUAGACUCGCCUGUCCAUAGUGCUGCUGUGAUCGGAACUGACUGUGCCAACCCCUCUGCACACCUCUCUCUCUCUCUCUCUCUCUCUCUCUCUCUCUCUUUCUCUCUCUCUUUCUCUUUCUCUCUCACAGUGCCAUCCAUACCUUAUCAGUCUACAUAGGUCAUGUAAACUCUUUUAGAAGAACCACAUUACAGUAUUUGCCAUACAGAACAGUGCCCAUCUUUCCUAUGUAAGCUGUCAUGUGUAGAGGAUGUGAAUAUGUCCCCAGGAGCAGACGCAAGAGUUUAAGGGUUUGUUUGUCCCAUCUUUUGAUUUAAAUUAUUUGUUUAUCCAGUAGUUGUGCUUCGAUUGCAGGUAUUUUAUGAAUUUUUAAAGGGAAUAAGUGGCAGUCCUACUGUAGUUUGCCUCCCAGCUGGUCACUGGAGACUUAUGCACACUUUGCUUUUUUUUUCUACAGGCCUUACACUCCUUUGUCUUUUUGUCCUUGUUUUUUUAUGGUAGCAAACAGAGCACAAUGACACUUUUAGCCACUCUGAAUCAUACAGCUAUUUAAGGAAAUUAGAUUUUAAAAAUUGGAUUACAAAAAGAACUGCCAAGUUUCAAAGCAUUGAACACUCCCCAAUAAGGAUUGCCAGAUCUCUCAAUGCCUACAAUGGCCAUAUUUGUAUUCUUUUACAAGAAUUGUAUUGAUCUAUAUUAUCUGUCCCUGGAUUCUGCAUAUGCUCAUUGAUGCAUGUAUUUGCACGCAGUGUAUUUUAACACUAUGAAACAACUAAGUACAAUGCAUUUCUAUGGCCUAUUUGUAAAGAAAUGUCAUUGCAUGUUAUUUAAGCCUUUCUCAUUUUCAAAAAUAUUGUGCAUCAAUUAACAUAUAAAAAAAAUCUGUGCUGUUCAUCAGUGCAGUGGUAUUUGUUUUUGGUGCCUCUCAUAAUCAUUUCAGUUGUGUAUUGUGUUCUGUCAACCUGUGCUCAUUUUUAAAAGAUCAAUAAAAUAAGUACAGCACACGG